AUGGCUCUCUCACGCAAUGCGUUAGCAUGUCUCCCGCUUACUUUUGUACACCGCCCGGGAUUUAAUGACGCGGGAAGAAUUUACGCAGCAAUGAACACGAAAAGAAAGGUGUUUAAAGCUUGCAAGUAUCCUAAUAUCUUUGUUUUGGUGUCAAGGGUGGAGGGCAGCCCCGUUAAUUGGGAAGGAUCAACUAAGUGCUCACUUAAAGAUAGCAAAUCGAAAAUAGCCCUUAUAUUCCUCUCUCUACGGGAAAGGCAUCACCAUAUUAGGCACCAAAUCCGUAUUGACCUCUUCGCCGCCAAAAUCCUUUAUCUGAUGAGCGUCCUGCUCUCUUUGACAAACAAAAUAGCAGACGCUCUUGAAGAAGCUAUCCCGCAAAUCGUCUCCUCGCUCCUCCUUGUCAUCAGUCUUAGGAACCAUAUCUACGCCACUGCUACGGACGUUCGGUCCAGCGCAUAG